GCUCACUCGGAUAGUUACAGCUCUGGUCCAUUGGAGCAGACAGUGCAUACUCCCUCUAGAAUCAACACCAUGACACUCACUGACGGCCGUUUCCAGUUUCGAGCCUGGCGGUUCUUCCAGCCAUCCAACGCUGGGCUUCUACUAACAAUACUUCAUUUUAUCACGCUGAUAUCUCAUUCUACCGAUUCUUUUGCUGCCACUGCUCAUCCUACCGAGUGCCGACGUCUUUCGUGUGCCGCAAUAUUACGGCUCCAGAGUACCAGCGGCAAUCCCAGGCCCACUUCGUCUUCAUCAUCCGCCGACACAGCUCCUGGAGACCAGCAUCAGAGUUCCGUUCAGAACGACGACAGCAACGAAGCCCUUUUUAUAACAAACGGAAGUGUGAAACUGAAUGAUCCGUCAAAGACUCCUCCUUCAUCGCAGUUUGGCGACAGUGUUCAGUUUGGGCAAGUUGUCCGCCCAAAAUACCUCGACAAAGACGCCGAUCCCCCAGUCGGUUUGACAAUGAAUGCUGAUUCAACGAACAGAGAUGAUUCCACGACAGCAUCGAAAGCGACACCUUCCGAUGAGGAUCUGGCGGCAUCGCUGCGACGUCGAAAUCUUAACGUAGCCGUGGGAUCUAUUGCUCUCGCUCUCGCCAAUUUCGCCUGGCAGUUCUUCCACCCGAUUGAACCUGUACAACUGUUAAUGUCCAUGCAAGCCGAAUCUCCACCGCUUUCCGUGAUUGGCAAAAACGGCAAGCCCACAGUGGUGGACUUCUGGGCACCAUGGUGUGAAAAUUGCAAGCUCAUUGCCCCAACUCUGCUGCAAAUUGAACAAGAGUACGGGGACAAGGUAAACUUCGUCAUGGUCAAUGCUGACAAGCGCGAGGCGUGGUCUUUCAUUGAUGCCUUUGGCGUGGACGCCAUCCCACACUUGGCCCUCGUUUCCGCCAACGGCGACGUGGAGACGGCAUUGAUUGGACCGAUUCCAAAACGUGUCCUGCGUGCCGAUUUAGAUGUGUUGCUAGAAAACGCCGCCCGAGCGUCUCCGGCUGAUGGAAACAGUCGUACCAGUGCACCCCCAACGAAAUUGCCGUAUACAAUGCUCGAUGUUUUUGCUGACGCGCCGGAGAAGCGCCGGGUGCAGUUUGAUUGAGUAAGAGGCAACAACGCUAAGAGCUCUGUAUCAUUAUUACUUUAUAGAUUGGAGCAUUGCUCGAGUAAAAUAAAAUCGGCUCUGGACUGCACC